AUGAGGGUUGCUUCAGCUGGGUUUCCGGUACGAAAGCUUCAGCAUGUCCAUGAUCUCAUCCAAUGGGCCGUCGUCCACGCUCAGAAGAUUCUCUAUGGCCAGGAUCUGGAGAAAACCUUCGUUGCAUUCCUGGCCUUCACCGCCUUGUAUUGGCUGCUCCCAAUCAUCUCGCUGUUCUGGUUGACCGUGGUGGCCUUGACCUUAUCUUUCCUCGCUACCCUCGCCACAACUCCUCGAGGCCGCGCCGCAGCCCGCGAUGCACAGGUGAGUGCUCAGGAACUUGCCAAUGUUGCCGUGGAAAACGGCAAAGAGCUUGCUCAAAAUGGAAAGGAUAAGGCCAAUGAGUUGUCUUCCGUGACGCGCAAUGCUGCGGUUCACACAAAGGGGCAUGUCCAAGAUCUGGCUCAGAGUGGGAAGCAAGCUACUGCAAACGGAGCCGCGCAAGUCAGAGUCAACGCAUCCAAUAUUUCUGUAGCCACCACUGAGAAUGUCAGAGAAUUCGCCCAACAAGCCAUAGCUAAGGCGAGCGAUCUGUCCUCUCAGGCGCAAAAGACUGCUGUUGACACGAAGGAACGCGUUCGGGACAUGGCUCAGAAUGGAAAGCAGAGCGUUGCCAACGGCUCUGUGCAUGUCAGCGAUAUUGCAUCUAACAUCUCAACUUCCGUCACCGAGAACGUCAGAAAUAUGUCGGACAUAGGCCCGCACAGCAUGGACAAGGCUCAGGACGGCGCAACCUCAGCAGGAGACGACGAAAAGGACCACAUCAACCGUCCUCUCUACUCAGAAAUCAAUAGCAAUUCUGGGGAGGACCACUCCAUCACCGGUCACGCAACAAACGAAGCGUCUCAUCUAUCAAAUCGUGCAGCAGAGACGCCAAAGCACGUGGGCCCGGGGGGUUUCUAUGACCAGACAAACUCGGGAAACUACAGCCAGGGGUCGAGUAUCAAUGACACUGACGUAUCUGCCUCGCAGACGGCACCCAACCAUGCUGCCAAGCGACGCACCUCGACUUACAUGGAGCCGACACCUUUGUCAGCAGAGCUUAUCGGCACCGAGAACACAGGUUCUGCUGCUGACACGACGUCCAUCUACGCCGAUGAAGGCGACGUGGAUGGCUCGCAUGGCAUCAUGAAUCGGCCGCGUGGACUUUGA